AUGAAACUCCUAGUGGCUUUUCUGGCACUGUGUGCCUUUGCAUCGUCAUACCCCCAACAGCAAAUAAGCGAUAAGGGGCUCCUCCAGAAGCAAAAGGACGUCCUUAGACUGUUCAGGUACGUUAACCAGCCCAGCUACUAUAAAGAUUUCAACGAAAUUGCCCAAAAUUUUGACUUGGAACAAAACUACAACAACUAUGCUAACCCGGAAGUACCAAAGUACUACUACCAAAUCUACCAGUAUGGCUUGCUUCCAAGGGGCCAGGUCUUCUCAGUUUUCUACCAGGAGCAUUUGCAACAAGCUAUCGCCCUUUAUAAGCUUUUUUACUACGCUAAGGACUACCAAACGUUCUACAAUACGGCCGUUUGGGCGCGUCAGUACAUCAACGAAGGGGUUUAUUUGUACUCCUUAUCUGUGGCAAUAGUGCACCGAAACGACACCUAUGGGGUUGUUUUGCCCCCAAUUUACGAAACCUACCCGUACUACUUUUACAACAACGAGGUGAUCCAACAAGCUCAAAGGUACAAGCAACAGUACGAUGGUAAAAGUUAUACCAUCAAUGCCAACUAUUCGGGGUACUACCUCAACUUGAACCCGGAACAGUCCUUGUCGUACUUUACCGAAGAUGUGGGGAUCAACUCCUUCUACUACUACUAUAAUGUUUACUAUCCCUUCUGGUUGGGUGGUCAAGACUUCAACUACCAGAACGACCUAAGAGGCGAGUUGUUCUACUAUGUGUACCAACAAAUCCUAGCCCGGUACUACCUUGAACGUUUGUCCAACGGUUUCGGGGAAAUCCCCUAUUUCAACUAUGAAGUACCGUUCGAAAAUGGGUACUACCCCUCGUUGCAGUACCCCAACGGUUUGUUCUUCCCCCAAAGACCGAACUUUGCCAACCUGUACGAGUACUUCUACAACUAUGGGCAAAAGUACGGUACCAACAAGUACGCCUACAGUUACACCUUCGUCCAGGAUUAUGAACGCAGGAUUCGGGAGGCGAUUGACCAAGGCUACGUUUACACACCUGAAGGCCAGAAAAUCAACUUGUACACAGAGCAAGGGUUGAAUAUUCUGGGCAAUUUGAUUGAGUCUAACCCAGAUUCGCCCAACUACCGGUACUACGGUGCCUUGCAAGUCUAUGGUAGACACCUCCUGGGCUAUUCGUACCAACCCUUGAACCAGUACCAAGUGGCACCUUCUGCCCUUGAACAUUUCGAAACGUCGCUCCGUGACCCAGCCUUCUACCAGUUCUAUAAAAGGGUACUUUUGUACUUCCAGCAGUACCAGAACAACUUACCGGCCUACACGGCCCAAGACUUGUCGUACCAAGGUGUGGAAGUGACCAAUGUCCAGUUUGACCGACUUGUUACCUACUUUGACUAUUUCUACACUGAUUUGAGUAACGCAGUUUACGUCACUCCGGAGGAGUUUAACGGGGAACGAGUCCAAAUCCGGGCCAGGCAGUACCGUCUCAACCACAAAGCUUUCACUUACAAGAUCUACGUUAAGUCGAGUCAAGCCCAGAAAGCCAGUGUUAGGGUUUAUUUGGGCCCGAAGUACGACGAAUAUGGACGGUACCUCAAUAUAAGCCAAAAUAGGCUAAACUUUGUACAGUUUGAUCAUUUCGUGUACCAACUCCAAGCUGGGGAAAACACAAUCGAGCGCAAUUCCCGCCAAAGUUAUUUCUACCAAAACGACCGAACUAGUUACCAGGAGUUGUACCAAAAGGUUUUGGGGGCGCUGGAUGGCAAUGGGCAGUUUAGUGUCGAGCCAAAUGAGGCCUAUUUUGGAUUUCCGCGCAGGUUCCUCUUGCCCAAGGGUAAUUAUGGCGGCUACGAGUACCAGUUUUACGUCAUUGUGAGUCCAUACGUGCCUUACCAAGGCCAACAAACCGACUCGAAAUACUACUACCCAAGGGUGGGAAGUGGUGCCCAGUACCUGGACAACUACCCCUUGGGUUACCCCUUCGAUCGUCCGGUUCACUACGACCAAGUGUACAACAACAUCCCCAAUUCGUUCGUCUACAGUGCGAAAAUUUACCACCGUGAUGUGGAAGAUAUCAAUGCAUCUAGUGCGUCCAGUCAAUAGAAUUUGAUUUUGUGACGUGUAAUUUUUUGCAAUAAAUAAAAGUUUGAUUG